AUUCAAGCACCAAUCUGAAUAUCAUAUCAUCGUCAAUGAAUUUCUAAUCUUUGCAAUUGAACUUCAUACGAUUCAAUUUCCAAGAUGGCGAUGAGGGUUUCGAAUAGUCGGGCUUUGGCCUCCGCCAUUAGAUCUACCAGAAGCUCUUUGUACCAACCUAAGAAGCUCAAUAUUCGAACAUUUGCCUCCACACAACAUGCCCGAGUUGUUGUCUCUCCAGAUACUCCAAACAUGCGCCAUGCUCAGAGAGCUCCUGAUGUUCCAGGAGGACUUCGGGUUCCUCCUGUGAAUCCUGCAGACAAAUACGCAGCAAAGGCAGACGAUAUGCACAGAUAUGGAUCAUGGCUCAUGGGGUGCCUUCCAAAAUACAUUCAGCAAUUCUCAGUAUGGAAAGACGAGCUUGUUAUAUACAUCUCUCCUUCUGGAGUAAUUCCUGUAUUUUCGUUCCUCAAAUAUAAUACCAACGCGGAAUUUACUCAAAUCUCAGACAUUACCGCCGUUGACUUCCCUACCCGCGAUCAGCGUUUCGAAAUCGUCUACAACCUCCUUUCCGUACGACACAACUCCCGCAUUCGCAUUAAGACCUACGCCGACGAGGCUUCCCCCGUUCCCAGUCUCUGCAGUCUUUAUGACGGCGCGAACUGGUACGAGCGUGAAGUCUAUGACCUCUUCGGUGUCUUCUUUGUUGGCCACCCAGAUCUCCGUCGCAUCAUGACAGAUUAUGGGUUUGAUGGCCAUCCAUUACGGAAAGAUUUCCCAUUGACAGGUUACACGGAGAUUAGAUUUGAUGAGGAGAAGAAACGUAUUGUGGUGGAACCAUUGGAGUUGACUCAAGCGUUCAGGAACUUUGAGGGUGGAACUGCUGCCUGGGAGCAAGUCGGACCUGGUGUUGAUAGAAAACCCACCACAUUCAAACUCCCUACACCCAAGCCAGAGGAGAAGAAAGAAGAACCAAAGAAAUAGAUUCAAAGAGUCUAUUGUAUAUAAACUGUCUACAAACGUAUUUUACAUCCAUACAAAGAUUUCUAAACCCCAUACAAAUGUCUUGUUACAGACAUGCUAAAAUCUUGCCUCCGCAUUGCCGAAGUUAUGUCGGAUUGCAUGGAAACAGAAGCCGUUCGUGCCACUAUAAUCAGUGAUGAUUCCAGCUCAUGUCAUACACCUCUAGAUGCACAUUAGCCCAAUUGCUAUUCACUUCCUGUACUAAUUAAUAUGGAAGCUACCCAAAAUUCCUGUUUUUAGUAUUAGUGGUAUGAAACUAGGCCAUCAUCCUCGUCAUACUUUAAUACAACCUUUUCUACCCACCCGGUCUUUCUCGUUGACAUGUUCGCCUCAAAUUACCCAUUAUAAUAUUCGAUCAGAUGA